CCGACAACCUCGAGAACAAUGGAUCAAAUUAUCUCAUCGACAGACAUAAGCAAACAAUCAAGCAGUUGUACAAGAUAUCCAACUUACCCCUCUUACCAAGAACCAGUCUUACUGUUACUCCUUCGCCAUUCUCCAAAACUCGCAUAACCACCUAGUUCGAAAUGACUUCAUUCACCGUUUUCAAGGGAUCCAAAGAGGGCGUCGCUGUAAAGAGCACUGCCACCAAGCCACAACUCACCGGUGAUAAGGUCUUGAUGAAAAUUACGGCAUCGGGACUCUGCGGGACUGAUUUACAUUACAUGGACCAUGACAUCGUCCUCGGCCAUGAGGGUGUCGGUGUUGUUGAGGAAGUCGGCCCAGAGGCCAAGUACCUAAAGAAAGGCGAUCGCGUGGGAUUUGGUUACGAGCACGACAGCUGUGGCCACUGCCAAGAAUGUCUUACUGGUAAUGAGACAUACUGCGCGGAGCGAGCUAUCUACGGUACGGAGAAGGUUGAUCAGGGCAGCUUUGCCUCAUACGCAGUUGUGCGCGAAUCGUUCCUGCACCAGAUCCCAGAGGGUAUGAGCGAUAUCGACGCCGCACCCCUGCAAUGUGCCGGUGCCACGGUAUUUGCGGCUCUAAGGGCUCAUGACACGCAACCUACCGAGACGAUUGGAGUUAUCGGACUAGGUGGUCUUGGACACAUGGCAAUCCAAUUCGCAGCUAAGAUGGGAAACCGCGUCGUAGUAUUGUCCGGCACGGAAAGGAAGCGCGAAGAAGCCAUGAAGCUCGGCGCCCACGAAUUCGUUGCUAUCAAGGGCAAGGACAAGAUCGAGGUGGAAUUCCCUAUCAACCGACUUUUGGUAACGACUUCGGCGCAGCCAAACUGGGAGUUACUUAUGCCGAUCAUGGCGCCUAGGUCUGCCGUCUACCUAAUGUCGGUCGCGAGCGGCAACAUGGAGGUUCCGUACAUGCCCUUGGUGUACCAGGGUAUCGCGGUUAAGGGCUCUCUUGUGGCGUCGAGGAUCUUGCACCGAGAGAUGCUCGCGUUUGCGGCGCUGCACAACAUUAAGCCGAUCACGGAGGUUUUCCCUAUGACGGAAGAGGGUAUCAAGAACGCGAUUGAGAGGCUGGAGAGCGGUGCGAUUCAUCUCAGGGCUGUGCUGACGGCUGUGUAAGGAGACGAAUACACGGACCACAGGUCAUUCAUUCAUCAUCAUUGUAUAGAAUAGACAUUUCGGGGGUUUCUGCUGAAUAUUUGAGGUUGAUAAGGCGAUUGGCGGGGUAGUAAAACUGCUUGGAGUAUAGCGAGAACACACAUGCAUCCCUUACUAGGGCUAUUUCAUAGGUAAUUGGACGAAUAAAAUAGACAGAUAAGGCAAGACUUACGUUAACUCCGGUCCCUAAUGCGAUGCGUGUUGGUGGUGUUUGUGACGUUUGCUAACUGGUAAUUGAGGGAAACGGACGGUUGAGUCUUUAAUAAAGUGAAAGAAACCGAUUCUGGUUACCUAAACUCUCAGUCUUUGAAAAGAGUUUCGUAGGACUUUCGUGAUGACUCAGAUUUCAAUUUCAC